AUGGUUCCAACUCUUCGAGUGUUUGCCUUCUCACUGGGAACGACACUCGUUUUUUACAAGUGUCAUGGCUACCUUGGGACAGUGGUUUACUGUGAAGGCAUAAGCAUGGAACCCACCAUCCAACAUGGCGACUACCUCCUGGUAGAAAAGCUCUCUCUUUAUCGGGGCCAAAUAAAGAAGUUGCUUGACUCCUUACUUAAUGUUAUUUUUAGCGGAGACAUUGUUGUUGCAAGGCAGCUCCGUGAGUCCGGUACCUGCUGCCACAUCCUCAAGCGUGUACGGGCAACUGGUGGCGAAGCUGUAAAUUACUGGAGCCCCAAAUUGGCAAAAUCUGUCACCGUAUACGUUCCUGAGGAACACGUUUGGCUGGAAGGUGACAAUAAGCGACACUCCCUGGAUUCCCGAACCUAUGGGUCGGUCCCAAUGGGGCACCUGGAGUAUCGUGUCUUCUGUCGUUUGUGGCCACUCUCCUCCUUCGGCAGGUUCGACAAGAGAAAUCACACAAGGUGA